AUGGAUCCUUUGCACAACGCUUGGGCAACUUCAAGUUCGACCCCUGUCCCUCCAACUGUUCGCCGAACUAAAAAAAAUGGCUCCCCCACCGACACCGAAAGCCAAGCAGAGGUUAUCGAGAAGCUUGCCCGAGAAAUCGAAUCACUCAAAUCCAACCUCAACUCACAGAAGUCCACCUCAAAGUCAAAGGGCAAGAAGUCCACAGUCAAGGUCACCAAUCCUACUGCCAAUGAUGUCAGCACGUCCUCCAGCUCUGCCUCUGCUUCAAAGAAGAAGGCCCCAGUUCCAACAACCCCAAACAGAAACCAGCGAGCCACUUCAGCCCCACCCAAAUUCAUGAGGCCGCCAAAACCCCGCAAGUCAAUUUCUGAGACGCCUGUUGCCAAACCCUCACCCAAACGACACCCUCAACAAAUUCAAACAGGCGACUUUCCCGCAGCCUUUGGGCCAACCAAGAUUCUUUGGGGUCUCCUGAGACAGGACUCGGUUCCAAAGCCUCCCGAAUUAAGCAAACUUGAAGAAUUCUACAGACGCUUUCGACGAGCAGAGCAAGUCGAAGAGGCUGUCCGAUCUGGCUCUGCAAACCGAGAUGUUGGCCAAGUCUCAUGUUUGAAAGACGCUCAAGGUGGUCGCAUCAAGUUUGGAAAAUCGGUCAUCCACCUUGGAAGCAACUUCGUUCGCUACGCUCAAGGAAUCAUGGCCCAAUUGGGCUUAAGUGUCUGGUGCCCCAACUUGGAUGAAGAUUCGGGUUCCCUCUACAACGCUGCUCAUCGAAUUGCUGCUCUGACAACAUUCACAGAGCUUGCAGCGACUCCAGCCUAUGCUUACCUCAAAGUCGAUCCGGCCAUGGCUCAAAACAUGACUCUACUCAUUCCGGCCUACAACCAUUUCGUCCACUAUCUCCAAGCCGAAAAGUACAAAAAAGAAAUCAAGCAGAAAGGAAAAGUUGCUCAAGAAGCAUCUAAUAAAAAACAUAACAAGAAUCGCGAAAGGUUGAGGGAUGAGCGCCGCAAUUUUGCUAUUCUCAAUAAGUUCCCACAACGCUAUCGGGACAUCUUAGAGCCGAUCGCCGCCCACAGUGAUGAUGAGGAAGUUGAAGGGAAAGGCUUCUACAAGAUCAAGACAUUGCCCUACCGCUCAAACAAUGCCAAUCGUUUCUUCCGAAGGUUGGAUGUAGUGAUGAAGAAGGCUGCCGAGCAAGAUCCUCUAAGAAAGUCAAGUCGUCGCCGGGUUCGUCGAUUGCCAAAGGAGCCACAGGAAUCGCUCUACAAGGCCGCCCCAAAGGGUUUGCCCAUUGAUUUCUACCACCCGAAGUGGUUCAAUGAGCUAGUCCCUGCCCAGCAACACUCGAUUCCCGACAGAACUCGCAUCGCCUUCCUCCCAAAUGCAAACGAGUCCUUACUCCCUAAAUCCGAAAAAAAUCUCGACGAGAAACUGAAAGAUUCGACGUUUACCAGAAAGUAUUGGGAAGUUGUGGAGGAAUCCUCUGAGGAGGAAGAGAAUGCAGCAGAGGAUCAAGUGAACGGACAAGGCGAUGAAGGCGAGGGCAUCGACUUGACUCAACCCAGCGAGGGUUCCGAUUCCGACGACGAGUAUCAUGUCGAGGGUGAUGCUGGUGAGCUGUACGAUGAGGAAGGAGAUGAUGAAUCUUUUGUGGACAACGAUGAACAGGAGGAUGGUGGUGAAGACGAAGAUGAGGAUGAUGAUGAAGAGUACGAUGAGGCUCAGGACGGUGUGGGCCUUGAUGUCGAUCACCCCAUGGCCGAUAUUCCAGAGGGUGAGGAGGAUUGGUAAUUUCUUUUGACUGUAGACAGGACAAGAGUGUGUCUCCA